UAAGAUGCCACACGUUUUUUUUCUCUCGACAUCAUAAUUGACCCAUAAUUUCUGUAAAUGGACAUGCAAAUGAGUGAUCGUAAAUCACAAUAAUUUUAAAGAUUAAUUCCUGCGGCUGAGGAGCUUUGCCAAAGUUUAAGGCCCGGCCCGGCGACUGCAGAGGGCGAGAUGUGAACGCAACGAUCAGACAAUAGCGAGAUGGGCGGUAGAAGCUGCUUCUAAAAGUAGGAAUGAGGCACAUGAGGCAGCCUGGUGGACAGGAGAGCGGAGCGCUGUGCUGGCAUCCCAGAAACGAGCGAGACCGUGGGGCUUGAGAGCCAGCCAAAGCUGCAUCCCACCGAAGGGCAACUGGAGAAGGUGGGGGUGGAUCAGCGGAGCAUGGCCCCCACAGGGCAGGCUCCAUUAAGAACAGGAUGCUAAUGCUUGACGGAAUGCCUACUGUCAGAGUCAAAGCAGAACCCCUGGAGUCUGAACAAGGGUCGCCCAAAGUGCACAGCUACCCUGGUAUGGAAGCGGUGCCCCUCCUUCUGAGCAAAGUCAAAGCCGAGCCGCCGGAGGACUUCCUCUCCUCUGAUCCGUUCCAGACGCAGACCGAGCCCGUGGACUUGUCCAUAAACAAAGCCAGGACCUCUCCCCACUCGGGCCCGUUGUCGGCCCAGUCGUCGCCCGUGACGUCCGCUCUCUCGCCGUGCCGCUCGUCGUCGUCCGCGUCCUCGUCCCCCACGGUCAUCACCUCCGUGUCCUCGGCCUCCUCGACGGGUGUGCCCACCAUGCUGGGGCAGGGGCCCCUGGCGGCCCCCCCUCCCUCCGGAGUCAGGGGCCAGCCGUUUUUGCACAUCAUCCACCCAGUCCCGCCUUCCAGUCCCAUUAACCUUCAGUCCAACAAGCUGCCCAGCCACGUGCACCGGAUCCCCGUGGUGGUGCAGUCACUGCCCCUGAUGUACACCGCCGUGCGUUCGCCGGGGAACCUGAACUCCACCAUCAUGCUACCUCUGCUGGACGAGGCAAGGAAUCAGGGCAAAGGAGUGCAAACCGACACGAACAGCUUGUCGCCGAGGCAAAUAAAAAGCGACAGCGAUGAUGACCUGCCAAAUGUGACCUUAGACAGUGUUAAUGAAACGGGAUCUACAGCCCUUUCUAUAGCGAGAGCUGUACAGGAUUCCAUGUCGCCGUUCAGUAUUGAGGCCGUGAGACGCACGCGGAGGUCCGAAUCGCCUGACUCCAAGAAGAGGCGCAUCCACAGAUGUGAUUUCGAGGGCUGCAAUAAGGUGUACACCAAGAGCUCGCACCUCAAAGCCCACCGGAGGACGCACACGGGUGAGAAGCCAUACAAAUGCACCUGGGAUGGAUGCACGUGGAAGUUCGCCAGGUCGGACGAGCUGACGAGGCACUAUCGCAAGCACACGGGGGUGAAGCCCUUCAAGUGUGCCGACUGUGAUCGCAGCUUCUCACGAUCAGACCACCUGGCGCUGCAUCGCAGAAGACACAUGCUGGUGUGAGGUGCUGCAGGGGGGCGGGGGGGGGCUGCAUGGAGGGGCAGGACCCCAUCCACUGCACGUGUUCAGCUGGCCUGAACGCACCCCCCUUCCCCCUCCACCCAGGUUGGGGGGGUCUGAAGAUAAGGUCCUUUCCGUUUUGGAAUCGUGUCACGGAGCACUGUAUUACCUAUUUCUUCGAACAUUGAAAGUAUUUCAUCGGGACAAGAAAACGAUGUGGAGUGACAGAUAAAAACGUUCCUGUGUCACGCCCCUAAAGCAACAAAGUAUUCAGUUUUUAAACGGAAUUUUUAUUUCGGCUGGUUGUUGGUCAGAUGGCUGCUUUUCUGCAUCUAUAAUGUGAAAGAACACUGCAAACACAGCAAUUGUGUCUGUGCGGGGGUCCCGCAGGGGGGCCCCGAGGGCGGAGCAGAGUGAAACACAAGCAGCUUCCUCUUUUGGAGAGGAUCGUUGCACAAGAUCUUGCAGCCCCCCC